CCCUCCCUGCUGUCGGACCCGGAGCCGUCUGCGAGCCUCUAAUUGUUGCUUCACGUUCUUUCAGGUCUACGUCUCUGUUGUUCCCAGCGCUCUGCUGGGCUAGAGAAAGAGGAGGAACCUUUCCAGAAAUCCCGCAGGACAGGAAAAGGAGGGGACACUCAGCAUGGAAAAACUCUGCAGUGAAAAUGAAGGAAAGCCUGAGAACCAAGGCAAGAUGGAAAACAAAGAACAGCCACUGGAUGCGGGAAAGCCAGGGGUAGCUUGUACUAUGGAAGACAAGAAAAAGUUAGAAAACAAGGGACGGACAGAUCACAAGGAAAAGACAGAAGAUGAGAAAAUACUAAAGGAUAAGGAAAAGCCAGAGAGUGAGAUAAAGCCAAAAGAAGGAAAGCUGGAGAGCCAGGGAAAGCCAGUGAGUGAGGGAAAACCGAAAGAAGGAAAACCAGAGAGCGAGGGGAAGCCAGUAAUGGAGGGAAAGCCAGUGAACGAGGGAAAGCCAAAAGAAGAAGCUCCAGCCAGCGAACCAAGGGCUGCAGGAAAGCGCCCAGCUGGGGAUGAUGUCCCCAGGAAGGCCAAAAGAAAAACCAACAAGGGGCUGGCUCAGUGUCUCAAGGAAUACAAGGAGGCCAUACACGAUAUGCAUCUGAGCAAUGAAGAGAUGAUAAGAGAAUUUGAUGAGAUGGCCAGGGUAGAGGAUGAGGUGAAGAAAACCAGACAAAAAUUGGGGGGGUUUAUGUGGAUGCAAAAAAGUUUACAGGACCCCUUCCACCCGAGGGGCCCGCGGGAACUCAGGGGUGGCUGCAGGGCCCCACAAAGGGGCUUUGAAGACAUUCCUUUUGUGUAGUGCCCCUGGCAGGCAUUCGGAAGGCCUUGUGCUUUAUUUAACCUUGUGCUAAUACUAUGCUUUAGGUGUCUCUCUCAUUAUUCCAACUGCAGCCCUCUAUGUUUCAGUAGCAGAUUUUCAAUCCAUUGCAUGGAAAAAUGUUUAUGAUGCAUUGUAAAACUUAAAAAACAGUUUUCAGAGCCAUAUAUAUGGCAUCAGUCCAUUUUUGUAAAACUACAAA